AUGUUGGUGUUUACUGGUGUUUUCUAUGUAAAACCUAGUAAACGAAAUAAAAUACUUGCAAAAACGUUUCCAGGAAAUAAACGAUUAUAUAAAUAUACUGGAGUAUUGCCAAAGAAAGCAAUUCUUGGUUUAUGGAAUGCUCUUUCGUCAUGUUCUAAAAACCCCAAGACUUUACAAUAUGAAGCAGACCAGCUAAAACAGUCGCUAAACAAUCGUCAGUUUCCAGCAUCUCCAGAAGAGGUUAAAGAAGCACGGAAUGAAAUUACGAAAGCAUUAGAAGCUGAAGGUGGAUUAUUGGAUCAUAAUUCUUUUAAUUCGAAAAUUGUAGAAGCGUUUGAACUAGAUAUAAAAAAGAAGGCUAAUAAAAUACUCCGCCACACUAGAUUCAAUUGGAAGCCGUUAAAUUUCAAAACUCGCAACCAUGCCGCAGCCUACACACUAGCAAGGAUUAUGCCAAAUUAUGCAGAAGUAUUUUUCGUAUUACAAGAAUUCAAAAACAAUGGUUACGUCCCGGAAACAGUAUUAGAUUACGGAAGUGGUUCUGGUGGCGCAUUUUGGGCUGCAUUUGAACAAUGGGGAAAAAAAGUUAAAUAUUAUGAGCUCAUCGAUAACAAUGAUGAAAUAAGUCAAUUUUGUAUGGAUAUUUUAAGGGCAGAUGGCGAAAAUGAUGGCUUUCCAUUUGUACAUCCUAAUGUUUCUUUUCGAAGAUUUUUAACACCGUCAUUGAAAAACACGUUUGAUGUGAUUAUUGUUCAUCGUCUUCUUUCUGAAUUUCCUUCGAGGGAAUCACGUAUUGAAUUAAUGAUGGAUUUAUGGAGACGAACAAACAAAUAUUUGAUAUUGAUCGAGGGAAGUUGCAAAGGUGGCUAUAAUGCCUUAAUGGAGGCCAGGGAUUAUAUUCUUAUGGGUGGAUGUGAACUGCAUCUUGAUCAUACUCGAGAAUUGUUAAUAGAAGAAGGAGUAAUGAGUGAACAAGCAGAAGCUAUUUUAUCUGAUCAGCAAUUAUCAAAUUACAUCCGCUUCAAUUUGAUUAAAAAUAUGGUUUCACCAAAAGUUGUCUUGCCGACGAGAUUAGACCCUGGAUAUGUAUUCGCGCCAUGUCCACAUGAUCAGGGAUGUCCGAAAGUUGUGAAGAAAUCAAAAGAUGUCUGCAGUUUUCUCACUCAGUGGAAUGUAUUACGAGCGGAUGGCCGGAAACAAGCUUUAAGCACAGAAACAGGAUCGUUCUCUUACAUUAUUAUGGCUAAGGGAACAAGAUCUCCUGGUUUAUCUCAAAGCAGACUUCUCACGUCCAAGGCUCGUAAGAAACACGUUUGCUGUACGAUCUGCACCCCGUUCAAUGGUAUUCAGCGUUUCACUGUGUCUAAAAGUAUGGGUGGAAUUUACAAAACUAUUAAAUGUGUGAAGGAUGGCAGACUGUUCCCGUGUGAGGUGAAGUCCAUACAGUCUAAUUCUGAAUUUGAUGUGUAUGAAGAAGCGAUAAACGGAAGCAGUGAAGUACGUAGAAUGAAUCUAUGA